GAUCACGAGAUGAAGGGAUCAGCAAAAUGAGUGCAGUCAUGAGGGAAGGCUUUGAAAGAAUUUCCAUGGAUUUGUAGCAGAGAAACGAGAGGAAACUUAAACCAGUUCCUGCAGGAUGUGGCAGAGUGUGUUGUCACUCUGCAUGUGUGUGGCAGUCACCCGGGCGCAGUUUCCACGCCAGUGUGUGACACCCGAGGUCCUGCGUAGUGGCACCUGCUGUCCGUCACUCACCGGUCUAUCCGAUGAUGAAUGUGGAUUGAGGAGCGGGCGUGGCCGGUGUAUGCCAGUCGCCGCUGACCUGCGUCCGCACGGCCCUCAGUAUCCUCACGAUGGACAGGAUGAUCGGGAACGAUGGCCGCUGCGCUUCUUUAACAGGACCUGCGUGUGCAACAAAAAAUUCAGUGGGUACAACUGUGGACGGUGCAGGUAUGGACUAAGUGGAGUGAACUGUGAUCAGAGAAUCACUGUGGUGCGUCGAAACAUCCUGCACAUGUCUCCAGAAGAAAAGCGGGCUUUUGUCAACACUCUGGAUCAAGCUAAAAGAACGGUGCAUCCUGAUCUGGUUAUCUGUACACGACGGUAUGAGGAGCUCUUUGGCCCGGAUGGAAACAGUGUCCAGUGUGAAAACAUCACCAUCUACAACUUUUUCGUCUGGACUCAUUACUAUUCCGUCGGGAAGACGUACAUGGGACCGGGACAGCAGAGCUUCGGGGGCGUGGACUUCUCUCACGAAGGUCCGGGAUUCCUUACAUGGCACCGUUUUCACCUGCUGCAACUAGAGAGUGAUAUACAGGACAUGCUCAGGAACCCGACGUUUGCCCUACCGUACUGGAACUUUGCGAUCGGAGGAAACGAGUGUGAUAUCUGCACAGACGACCUGCUUGGAGCCAGGAGCAGCUUUGACAUGAACAGCAUCAGCUCUAACUCUGUGUUCUCUCAGUGGAGAGUGAUAUGUGAGGAUGUGGAGGAGUACGAGAAGCAAGGGACCAUCUGUAACAGUACAGAAGGUAGUCCAAUCAGACGGAAUCCUGGUGGCAAUGUGGCUCGGCCAAUGGUGCAGAAGCUACCAGAAAAUCAAGAUGUAAUCGACUGCUUGGAGCUCAAGAAUUAUGAUACGCCUCCAUAUUACUCUACCUCCGCCUGGAGCUUUAGGAAUACUGUUGAAGGUUACAGCACUCCCCGGGGAAUCUAUGACCCACUGGUGCGCAGUCUACACAAUUUGGCUCAUUUAUUCCUGAAUGGUACCGGCGGUCAGACUCAUGUGUCCCCAAACGACCCCAUCUUUGUCCUGCUGCACUCGUUUACUGAUGCCAUCUUUGUUGAGUGGCUACGCAGACACCACCCUGGCACAGUGUUUUACCCCAAAGAAAAUGCUCCUAUUGGUCACAACUGGCGUUUCAACAUGGUUCCUUUCUGGCCACCGGUCACAAAUGGGGAAAUGUUCGUCUCGGCACCGGACACUCUCGGAUACACCUAUGAGAUCCAAUGGCCAAACCGGCCGUAUACCACCUCUGAGAUCAUUACCGUUGUUAUAGUGGCUGUGGUGCUGGUGGUGCUGGUGGUAGGUGGAGUCAUGCCCUGUUUUGUCAGAAUGUAUGGUUCGCGUGAAGGUCUGGAGCCGCUGCUUAGCGAACAUUUCCGUCACUACUCCGAAGACGAUCCCAAGUUUCAGUAUGCAGCCUGAGGAUGGAUGCAGAAGUCGUGUCUCUGACAUACGACUACCUGUUUGAAAUGACACUUUUAACAAAACCUUCUUAAUUUUUAUUCACAUGACACAAGAAAGGCAAAUAUUAGAGUAAUUUUUUAAAAAUUUAAAAAAAAAAAUAUUACUGUUUGAUGAGAAGAAAAUGAUGUGCAAAGCAUAUAAUGUGUUUUUAGGGAGUUGUUUGGCGACACCUAGUGGACAGUUUUUGGGUGGUGAAAUAACUCGUUAAUUUUUACAUUUUUCUGUAACAACCUGGUGAUUUCUUCCCUGUAACACGCAGGACUAGGUAUGUAUUUUAUUUAUAAAAACUGUCUAUUGCACUUUAUGUAUUAAAAUAUCUUAGCUUAUGUAGUUAUGUCAAGUUUAUUGUUGUUUUUAUCAUUGGCUUUCCUUUAAAAAUCUGAAAUGCACUGAAAUGCUGCUACUGGCAAAAUAAAACGUAGAGGAAAAUAAUAAAUAAAUAGAUGUUUGUUGUUUAAAAAAAAAUAGCUUAAAUCUUCACUGGAAAAGUAUAUU